CUCACUCACUCUCUCUCUCUCGCGCGCGCUCUCUCUCAUGGCGAGCAGUAGGGACGCCGUCUCAGUUACGGACUGACGGAAGCUCUGCUUUCCUCUUCGCAUUCUUUUAAAAAAACCACAUGAAUUCACUCGCGUAAAGAGGCGUGAGUCUCCACUCUUCCGUCUAAAGGGGUUAAAUAAAGGAAACCUCAGCAUGAACAGUAUGAGCAGUUGCGGCUUCCUGAAUAUGGCGACGACUGGAGAUUUUGACCCGCUCAACGCCACUAUUCCUGCCACAAAAGUUGAGAUUACGGUCUCGUGCAGAAACCUUCUCGACAGAGACACGUUUUCCAAAUCAGAUCCAAUCUGUGUGCUGUACACCCAAGCCAUUGGCAACAAAGAGUGGAGAGAGUUUGGGCGGACGGAAGUUAUCGACAACACUUUGAACCCAGAUUUUGUGCGCAAAUUCGUAUUGGACUACUUCUUUGAAGAAAGACAGAACAUAAGGUUUGAUCUGUACGAUGUCGACUCCAAGAGCUCCAACCUCUCAAAACAUGAUUUCCUUGGCCAGGCCUUGUGUUCGUUGGGAGAGGUGGUGGGUUCGCAGGGCAGUCGUAUGGAGAAAGAUCUUGGGGGGAUUCCAGGGAAGAAAUGUGGGAAAAUUAUUGUGAAGGCUGAGGAGCUUAACAACUGCAGGGAGUCUGUGAUGAUGCAAUUUUGUGGCAACAAGCUGGACAAAAAGGACUUUUUUGGCAAAUCGGACCCCUUCUUAGUGUUUUACCGCAGCAAUGAGGAUGGAACAUUUACUAUAUGUCAUAAGACAGAGGUGGUGAAGAACACGCUGAACCCUGUGUGGGAAGCCUUUAAAAUCCCCGUCAGAGUCCUGUGCAAUGGCGAUUUUGACAGAGCGAUCAAGGUUGAGGUGUAUGACUGGGAUCGUGAUGGCAGCCAUGACUUCAUUGGAGAAUUCAGCACAAGCUAUAGAGAACUGUCAAGAGGCCAGUCACAAUUUAACGUGUAUGAGGUCAUAAACCCAAAGAAGAAAGGCAAGAAGAAAAAAUAUCUCAACUCUGGAACCGUGACGCUGCUCUCGUUUCUCGUUGAUAUUGAUGUCACCUUCCUGGACUACAUCAAAGGCGGGACUCAGAUUAAUUUCACAGUGGCGAUUGAUUUCACAGCUUCUAACGGCAACCCAGCCCAGCCCACUUCCCUUCAUUACAUGAGUCCAUAUCAGCUCAACACCUACGCCAUGGCACUUAAAGCUGUGGGGGAGAUCAUACAGGACUAUGACAGCGACAAGAUGUUCCCUGCACUGGGGUUCGGAGCCAAACUGCCUCCUGAUGGGAGAAUAUCCCAUGAGUUCGCCUUGAAUGGAAACCCUCAGAAUCCAUAUUGCAAUGGCAUUGAAGGAGUCAUGGAAGCGUAUUACCAGAGUCUAAAGUCCGUUCAGCUCUUCGGCCCCACCAACUUCUCGCCAGUCAUCAACCAUGUAGCCAGAUACGCUGCCUCAGUAAACGACGGAUCCCAGUACUUCAUCCUGCUCAUCAUCACGGAUGGAGUGAUAUCAGAUAUGGCCCAGACAAAAGAGUCCAUUGUUAAUGCUGCAUGUCUUCCCAUGUCAAUUAUUAUUGUCGGAGUUGGACCAGCCGAGUUUGACGCCAUGAUCGAGUUGGAUGGUGAUGAAGUCAGAAUCUCAUCGAGGGGCAGAUACGCUGAGAGAGACAUCGUACAGUUUGUUCCAUUCAGAGACUACAUCGAUCGCACUGGGAAUCACAUCCUCAGCAUGGCCCGCCUGGCCAAAGACGUUCUUGCUGAGAUCCCAGACCAGUUCCUAUCCUACAUGAAGACCAGAGGCAUCAAGCCAUCUCCCGCUCCCCCUCCGUACACACCGCCAGGACACCCGCUGCAAACUCAGAUCUGAAACGGGCCCAGGAGCGAGCCUUGCAGUAUCUCAGUAUCUAUCUCUCAAAUCACUCAGUGAGGUGAAAGUUUCCUCAGCUUUUUCUGUCCCUUUCUCUUUGCACUAUGGGGGCUGUAGAUGGUCACCAUGCUUCGACAGGGUUAUGAGGACAGGUUUACUUCCAUUACAGGCAUUCUCUGUCAGGAUGUCUCUCCGUUUCUCUCUCUGUCUCUCGAUGCCUGGCUAGCUUGUUUUCUGAGAGCCAUGUUAUAGAAUGAACUUCACGUUUCUGGCUCACCACGAAAAGAAGGAUGAGCGUGUGUGACGGAAUGACUAAAGAAACGAGCUGACGAUGUUGCGCCACGUCUCAGAACAGCAGAGCAGCUUCCUCUUCCUCAGACUGGGAAAAGGCUAACAAAUCACCAGUCUCAAACGGACUGUUGUACAUAAAUUUGACUUUUUUCCCGUCAUUUCUUAUCUCUUCCUCUUCUUUCUUCUAUGAGCUCUCACUCAAUGUUUACAUGUUAAUGAUUUUCUUACUGUUGGAUCUGACUUUUAUAAAUGUAUAUCUUCAACAUGAUCCUCGCAGCAUGUUAUCUUUGCCAAGCCCGUCAGGUCGCAGCGGCUGGUGUCGUCGCGGAAAACCACAUUUCUCGCAUGGAAAUGGUGUGCUCAGGCAUGCGAUGCAUGUCGUGCAACGUUCAUGUUAUUUGGCCUUUUCUUGUUCUCUCUCUUUCUCUCUCUCACUCACUUUCUAUUUUUAUUUAUUUAAUUUUUUUUGACGGGCACCUCGUUGUGCAUAAAGAACCUCAUAGCAACGUGCUCCAUAACAUUUAUCUCUGAGCAGCUGCUCUCAAAUAAGAGCCCAGUGGUCAAAAACACAGAUGCCAUUAUUAUUUUCUGUCUUAAAACUUUUUGUAGGGAUGUUUUGUCAUUUUUCUGUUGAUUUGGUGAUGCCGUGUAAUGUUUUUUUCCAAUAACAUGUAGAUUCAUUCAUCAUAUUUAAUAAGUACAUAGUAGUUUUGCCCAAAGAUAGGGAAUUACGAAAUCCUUGGAUUUCAUUGUGAAUAUUAAAGUGUUGAAACCUGAUAAGAUACACCUAAUUUACAAAAGUCUUUUCUAGAAAUAUUUUUGAUCCCAUUAUUUUAGAAAUGUGCUGCUAGUAUCAGAAAAAAUAAUUAAAUCACAUAUCAACUUUUGACAAUUUUUUCUUGAUUAUUACCAUUGCAAAAUACUAAAACAAAACCUUUUUUUCUCAUAUAGUAAAUGUGAAUCUUAUAGUAUGUAGCAACUCAUUUUUUCAUCACACACUAGUGAACUAUUUUGGGUGACAGCCUCGUGUUGAGGGGGAACAUUCCCUGUUAAAACUUUUUUUUUUCCCCAGUUGUGCUGCUUUUUCACACACAAUAUUGAAAUAUUACACAUAAAGUAGCUGCAAAAAGUCUUUUAAAACACUAGUGCCAAGCAUACUGAGCAAAUGUAGGAUGAUGUAUGUUAUUACAAAAAAAAAAGUAUUUUAUAGAAAAAUAACAUUUGCCGAAGAAAUGUAUUUUAGGUUUGAAACAAAAGUCACAAAAUAAAACCAAAACGUAUGUCAAUUAUUGGUACGCUUAAUUACUGAUUGAAUAUAAUCAUAACAAAUCACCUUAAACAUAAUUGCGAAAUUGGCUGAAAAAAGUGAAGCUGGUAUGGUGUUCUAAUCAUUUUAUAAUAUUAUUAUAAAAAUACUUCGUAGACUGCUUUUUCUUGACUAUCAACUCAACUCACUCAGAAAGAAAGUGGACUCAAUUUAAAUUUGUCUGCAAAACUACUUUCCAUCAUGUGAGUAUGGCAG